GCUGCCACCACGGAGCCAUGAAAAUCAUCACUGUUCUUCUCCUCCUGAGCUUCUGCUGCCCUAUCUCAGAUGCUCUGAAGUGCUAUGUGUGCAGCUCCACCACAACCAAUGACGCAUGCAACCAGUCAUCCCAAACCUGCCAGGCACCCCUUGAUACCUGCAUGACCACUGUGGACACAUUUGGCAAAAUAAAGGCCAUAGGGAAGUUUUGCGCCAGUGCAAGGACCUGCAAAGGAGCAGCGUCAGGGGCCUCAGUGGAUGUGAAUGGCAAUGGGAACCAAGUCACCUGCUGCUCCAGUAACCUUUGUAACAUCAACGGAGUGACUGGUGUUGGGCUAAGCACACUACUGACUCUGGCUGUGUGUUGUAGCCAUGCUGUGCUCAACAUUCUCUGGCUGCUCUGAGAAUUAAUGGAUGACCUCAUAGCAUGGGGGAAUUCAGGCAUAGCCUGCCUCCAGCACAAUAGGCAACAAUUUCACUUAAUAUUUACAGUACAUUUUAUUUACCAAACUAAUACAGAGCUCAUAUAUAUUGUUUCUAUUUAUAUUGAAUUAAUGUGACAAUGUUGUGCGGUAAUAAAAGGUAUGUAUUGUAUUUAUAUGGCUUUGGCUGUGAUGUUUUGUAUUGUGUUAAAUAACUGUGGUAAAUAGUUUGGCCCUAUGUGAAGAGAAUAAACAAAGAUUAAUCUUUGGU